AUGGCUCCUACGAAGAGGAAAGAAUUCUCACACGACCUACGUGAAGUCGUAAUAAAACGCUAUCUUAAUGGUGAUUCUGAACGGGACAUAGCUCGAGACUUAUUAAUCUCACGUAAUACCGUUCAUUAUAUGAUUGCGAAAUAUAAAUCAACGAAAUGUAUUGGAAAUUUGAUCGGUCGAGGACGAAAACGGAAGACAACAGCCCAUCUUGACCGUGUCAUUCAGCGUAAAAUCAAAACCAAUCGUCGAAAAUCGGCUCUGGCUGUCAAAAUUGAACUUCAAACUGAGCUCAACAUAACUGUUUCUGAAUCAACGAUUAGUCGGCGAGCUCAUGAAAUCGGUUUAUAUGGUCGUGUAGCUCGUAAGAAACCAUUGGUAACUAAAGCUAACCGUGGUAAACGUGUUCAAUAUGCUCGAAAGUAUCGAGAAAAACCUCUUGGCUUUUGGAAUAAUGUUUUAUGGUCUGAUGAGAGUAAAUUUAACUUAUUUGGGUCUGAUGGGAAGGUUAUGGUAUGGAGAACACCGAAGGAAGAAUACAAUUCAACAUGCAUAGUGCCAACUGUGAAACAUGGAGGCGGAAAUGUUAAGUGUUGGGGAUGUUUUUCGGCGUCUGGAGUUGGCAAUUUAGUAUUUAUUGAUGGGAAUAUGACUGGGGAGAUGUAUCGUACUAUCCUAGACAAUAAUUUGCUUCAGUCUGUGGAAAAACUGAAGAUGGAUAACGAAUGGACCUUUCAACAUGAUAAUGACCCUAAGCAUAGGGCGGCUAUUGUGAACAAUUGGUUGAACCGAAAUGGAAUUGAGCGACUUGAAUGGCCUUCCUUUUCACCGGAUUUGAACCCGAUUGAACACCUGUGGGAUGAAAUCGAACGACGGAUGAAAAAAGAACAACCAAAGAAUGAAAAAGAAUUGAAAGAGUCGUUAACUCGUGUAUGGAAGGGAGUUGAGAAGGAGGUCUUGAAAAAAUUGGUCGAUUCAGUUCCGAAUAGACUAAAUGAAGUAAUUCGUAUGAAAGGAGGUCCUACAAGAUAUUAAUUCGAUUGAAAAAAAGUAUAUUCUCACAUCUGAAAUAUCGUUUUUGUGUUUUGGUUGGUCAAUUUUGACGCGAAAAAAAUUCGAACUUUUUUUUUUUUUCUAAAUAAAAAUAUGAACGAGAGAAAACUUUUGGUUGAUACUGAUACUAAACAUACUAUGAGUAGUGGCCUACAACAUAGUGAAGGUUUCACGUCUCUAACACCUUUCGUUGGAAAAAUAAAAAUCGAACAUUUUUUUUUUCUUAGGUGGUUGGUCAAUUUUGACGGCCACUGUAUUUAAAUAAUCGUUUGAAAACAAAUAUA